GUUCAACAUGAAUAGAAUGGGUGGUAUGAAUGGCCAUAUGGCCUCUACACCAUCAACCACCGCCAUUGGACCCAACAUGGCUCUCAAUCCUAACAUGGGACGUAGCAACAUGAUGAUGGACCCACAGGCUAUUUUGAGACAGGCACAGCAAGCUCAAAACUUGAUGCAGCAACAGCAAAUGAUCGCCAAUAUGGGCCUAAACAUAUCUUCACCGCCCAACAAUGUAAACAUAUCCAAUGGAUUCAGUCCUAUUCAACAAAAUAUGGAUUCACCUAGCAUGACCUCGAUACCACUACAACAGCCACAGCAAAUGGCACCUACUGAUUUGCUAGCAGCUAACGGCAUGAUUAACCCAAGUUCAAUACUGAUCAAUCCAAAUAAUAAUCUGAUGCUCGGCGGCAACAAUAUGUAUGUAGGUGAAAAUGGUGAAGAUUUUUCUGAUGUAAUGAUGAUGAUGCAAAGGCUUCAACAAUAAAGGAACAUUUACAGUGUAUGUACGUGUAUGAUAUAUAAGAAAAGUGUCAGCUGACUUCAGCCCAAAGUUCAUUUGCUUAAGCAUUGAUAAAUGCCUUUCAAAGCCUUACUGCCCUCCUUUUUUAAGUCGCUUCAGACCAACCUAAUUAGAAAUCAUCCUUUUUUUCUGACACAUAUCUAAACUUGCAGCUCUAUAACAGAUAUAUUUGAAGAGAAAGACUCUUGUUACGCGAAAUUAAAGUCAUACACACAAUUCAUCCUUCUUUCUCGGUUUAACCAGGAAUGUCCCAUUACCGCUGAUUUCCGCUUCAACCUUUUAUGGUUACUAGUUGUAAUCCGUGGGAUCCUGAAAAAUUAGUUCUUGGAAAUUUAUGCUUACGGGAAAAAAAAAAAAAGCUAAUCUCUCUUCUCUUUCUCUCUUGUUUCAUCUAUUCCCUUUUUCUUUUUCU